AAUUCAGUUGCAAACGGCAUUGAACGCGGUGUUUUAUGUUUGUGAAAUUGUUUUCAUCGAAACUUUUUCUAUUGUGAGUGAAAAACAAUCAAUAAGUGAUAAAGUUUAGGCCUGAUAAUCAUUACUGCUUGUUCAAAGAUGGCUUCCGAUCGUAAUAAAGAAACAAAAGACGACGUUAGACGUGAAAUAAAAGAAUUACAAGCGCGAUGCCUGCACCAGUGGAAAGUUAUCGACAAUUCGCCUUUAGAAGCGCCGUGUGAAAGCUUAGAUGAAAUAAACGAGAAAAAGCUGUGUUACCUAGAAGGACUGGGCAUGGAAAUUCAAAAUUCGAAUACCCCGAUAACGCUCGAUGAAAACCUUCUUACCAGCCAGUUUCUGAAGGAAAUUACCGACAAAACUGCACAAGUAGAAGAGUAUACCGCAUUUAUAAAAGGAAGUAUACAUGAUACUGAUGCGGAGAUAAAUAGAUUAAAAACUGUGAUUACAAUAACACAAGAAGCCAAGAGUCGACCAAAGACAAACAAGCUAGAAGUUAAGCCAGAACAUCUUUUUAGAGCAAAGGAAAAGUUUAAGAGCAUGAAGGCUGAAUUACAUGGAUUGAUACAGUCCUUAUUUCCUAACUGUGAUCAUUUAGUCUUUGAGAUUAUGGGGCAACUGAUGGCAGAGAAUCUAAAUGAAACAUCAAACGGAUACAUACCUAUCACAUCAGAGACAUUCCAAAUUAUAGAACUACUGAAAGACAUGAAUCUUGUAGCUGUAAACCCUUAUAACCAUAUGGAGGUCAAAUUAGCUUGAUGAUAAUCAUCAUAAGCAUAGCAUGGACAUAUCGCACCCUUAGAAUGAAAGUGACCGAAUCCAAAAAAUGCAAUUUGUGGGAAAUGAGCAAAAUCGUCAUCAAAAAAUUAUAUUACUGAAUACAUCUUAAUAUAUCUCUUCCGUUUUUAAUGGCUUACUAUUGAUUUUUACCAGAUUUGUGGAUUAGCCUUUUGAGAUCACAAUGACAAUGCAAAUUUAUGUUUAUAGUAUUUUUUUAUAUAUAAUUUAACAUAAAAUAUAAAGUAGUUUCAAAUUAAGUCACUUUAUUUCAAAAUUAUGUUUGCCAUUCUAUGUUUUUUUAAGAAUUAAGUCUGUUUAUGACACAUAUUGGAAAUAAUUCCGUAGACACAUUAAAUAAAUAGGACACUGUCAUACUGAAAGUUAUUUGGACAUAGGGUAUUAAAUUAAAAUGCAAUGUUAUAAAAAUCUGAAUGUAUUUAUUUAUUUCAGUCUUAAUAACAUUUAUUCAAGUAACUGAUUCGUUAUCAGUAAUUGAGAAAACAAAAUCUACGGGACCUUUGCUUGUGU